UCCGUUCCGUUCCGUUCCAGGAACCAAACCCGCUGCACCCCUACAGCUUCCAUUUCCAUGCAAUCCAAUUUGUGCUUCUUCUCCCCCGGCCCGCCCGUCCCCUUUAUAUAGAGAUCGAGCCGCCCGCACACACACGCACGCGCACGCGUCACACGCCGCGAUCCAUCCAGCUGAGGACUCAUCAUCAUCACCACCGUCAUCCCAGCUACUACCUACUAGGCUACUAGCUCGCCGCCAGCACCACCGACGACGGCCAGCAGCAGCGGGAUCGAUACGACGACGAUGGGGGAGAGCAAGCUGGAGAGCCCGCUGCUGGGUCUGUCGGCGGCGGCGUCGGGCGGGCCAUCGCCGGGCAGCGGGCACGGGCACGGCGGCGAGGCGGCGAGCGGGCAGCUGGAGAGCAUCCUGAGCGACACCUCCCUGCCGUGGGGCCGGCGGAUGGCGGCGGCGUCGGUGGUGGAGAUGCGCCUGCUCGUGCGCCUCGCGGCCCCCGCCGUGCUCGUCUACAUGAUCAACUACCUCAUGUCCAUGUCCACGCAGAUCUUCUCGGGACACCUCGGCACGCUCGAGCUCGCCGCCGCCUCACUCGGCAACACCGGCAUCCAGGUCUUCGCUUACGGCCUCAUGCUGGGCAUGGGGAGCGCGGUGGAGACGCUCUGCGGGCAAGCCUACGGGGCGCACAAGUACGACAUGCUGGGCAUCUACCUGCAGCGCUCCACGAUCCUCCUCAUGGCGACCGGCGUCCCACUCGCCGUCAUCUACGCCUUCUCCCGCCCGAUCCUCGUCCUCCUCGGCGAGUCCCCGGCGAUCGCGUCCGCCGCCGCCGUCUUCGUGUACGGCCUGAUCCCGCAGAUCUUCGCGUACGCGGCCAACUUCCCGAUCCAGAAGUUCAUGCAGGCGCAGAGCAUCAUGGCGCCCAGCGCCUACAUCUCCGCCGCCACGCUCGCCGUCCACGUCGCGCUCAGCUACCUCGCCGUCUACCGGUGGGGGAUGGGCCUGCUCGGGGCGUCGCUGAUACUCAGCCUCAGCUGGUGGGUCAUCGUCGUCGCGCAGUUCGUCUACAUCGUCACCAGCGAGAGGUGCCGCCUCACGUGGACGGGCUUCUCGUGGGAGGCCUUCUCGGGCCUGCCUAGCUUCUUCAAGCUCUCGGUGGCGUCGGCUGUUAUGCUCUGCCUUGAGACAUGGUACUUUCAGAUACUUGUGCUCAUUGCUGGACUCCUCAAGGAUCCUGAGCUUGCCUUGUCAUCACUCUCUGUCUGCAUGACAAUUACAGGGUGGGUGUUCAUGAUAUCAGUUGGGUUCAAUGCAGCAGCCAGUGUACGAGUGAGCAAUGAGCUUGGUGCCGGCAACCCAAAGGCGGCGUCGUUCUCUGUGGUCGUAGUGACACUGCUCUCCUUCGUCCUGUCGGUGCUAAUCUCCAUCGUCAUCCUGCUGUGCCGGGACUACAUCAGCUACAUCUUCACCGAGGGCGAGGACGUGUCGCGGGCGGUCUCCAAGCUCACUCCGCUGCUGGCGGUCACCCUCAUCCUCAACGGCAUCCAGCCCGUCCUCUCUGGGGUUGCUGUGGGGUGUGGAUGGCAAGCGUUCGUCGCAUACGUCAAUGUUGGUUGCUACUACAUCGUCGGCAUCCCCCUUGGGUGUCUCCUAGGAUUCUAUUUUGACCUCGGAGCAGCGGGUAUUUGGAGUGGUAUGAUCGGGGGCACCUUCAUGCAGACCUUGAUCCUGGUGUGGGUUACAUACAGGACCAACUGGACCAAAGAGGUUCAAGAAGCACAGAAAAGAUUAAACAAAUGGAAUGAUGGCAAGGCUCCUCUAUUGUCAGCCCAAGAAUGAAAUAAGUCUUCCAUGUUGCCAAAAAGCCAAGAAUGAGACAUGCAUGGAUAUGAGCUUUACUGAUGCCCCUCGCUCGGCAGGCUCAGCUAGCAGAGGCGGAAUUCGAUGUCAAGUAGCAAUUCCAUAUCCUGAAAUGUGUAGAAGGAGAUGGCUGAAAUUAUUCUUGCAUCGCUCAAUUUGAUCAAUUUUAUGUUCCAUUAUCGUUCACUGAUGCGACUGCAUGGUAGUCGUCAGUGAUAAUUUUUGUUGGAACUCCUGAAACAAAAGUGGGUUGCUCUCUAUUGAUGACAUUGGAAAAUUCGCUAGUAGGACUAUGUGUAGUUUUGUCCCCAAA